AUGACAGGUCAACCAAUAGAGUCCAAGUCUUUGAAUGCUGCAUACUCUGCAGAUGGAGAGGGUCAGUUCAUGCAAAAUAAUGUCACAAAACAUUUUCCUGAUUUCCCAAGCAAAUUAAUACUUUUCAGAGACAUCUGUCCAAUUCUCAAAAACCCGGGUGCACUGACGACAGUCAUCGAUCUUUUUGAAGAACGUGAGGGGUUUCUCUUCGGAUCCCUUCUAGCCCAGAGGUUAGGAGUGGGAUUUGUGCUGGUCCGGAAGAUGGGAAAGCUCCCAGGGCCUACACUGUCUGUGGCACACAAUCUGGAGUAUGGAGAGGCUGAGGUUAAGAUCCAGGAGGAUGCAGUGGCUCCAGAACAGAAAGUGCUUAUCAAUGAUUUACUAGCCACUGGAGGAACCCUGUAUGCUGCCUGUGAGCUCAUGAAGAAACAGAAUGCAGAGGUAAUGGGCUGCAUGGUGGUCAUUGAGCUCAGUGGGGUUGAAAAGCUGAAGCCAAAUACCCUCUUCUCCCUGGUGCAGUAUUGAGGUCAAAAUAAUUCCAAAUAAUCCACUCAACUGUAAUGAGACCAUUUUUUACAUAGGAAUGCUUUUCAUUGUGCACUACAUAGAAUAAGAACCUGCUUGAUGGAAAUCCCGUGUGCAAGCAAAAACAAAAGGCAGUUUGUCAAGGGUAAAAAUAUUUUUACUCCAACGCUAGUGUGUAUGUAAUACAGCUUUAAAAAAAAGGAUUAAACACAGGGCAAGUAUAUUAAACCUGUCUGUGAACUAGAACGUUUUUAUUACAAAACUAGGACAACGGUGUCAGAAUACUACCUAAUCAACAGUCUCCCACAACUGUAACACCACCCACAAAAUUAGUCAGUAUCAUUGAACACAGCAUUUGUCUAUACACAUUAAAAUAUACAAGCUUAUUGAGUCAGUAAAAGCAGUUGAACUUG